AUGCCUCUCCCGCCCGUGCCGCCCGCCCCCGCGGCCCCCGCCGCGCGCCCCCCGUCGCGGAGGCCGCCCCGCGCCCCGCCCUUGCCCGCGCCCUUGCCCGCCGCCCGGAGGAGGCCCCCCGAGGCGCCCCGGUCCGCCCCCGCGCCCGCCGCCCUGCGCUUCCCGCUGAGCCUGACCCCCGAGGCCGUCCUGCUGCUCCAGGGGCGCCACCUGCAGAAGCCGCUGCUGGCGCCGCCCGCCCGCCCGCGGCCCUCGGCCCCGCCGCCGCGCGCCGCGCUGCCCGUGUCGCUGCUCAACGAGCGGCACAGGUACGACGACGUGGAGUACGAGGACGAGGAGGCCCCGCCGCGGGACGACGGCCUGGUCCGCAGGUGCACCGAGUGGCUGCGCGGCGUGGAGGCGGCCGCCCGGGCGCGCGACCGCGCGGGGCCCCUGGACGCGCUGCCGCACCUGAGCACGCUGUGA